AACACUUGGCUUGUUCAUAUCACAUGGGACUGUGUCAACACUCUUCUCUCAGGUAUAAUCUGGGUUUGUUGUUUGAACUAGGCAGUAAUUAAGUAUCAGGGCGGGAGCAGUUGUGCAUGUAGAGGUCAACAUAACAACAGAGAGCAGUUUUAAUCGAGCAUUUACAGCUGGGUGAGAGAAUUCACGUUCAGCUCUGAUGAUCCUCCAGCACCAUUCAGGGAACCCUGGGUUGGGAGUUCAAAUCAGACCAAUCAGUUCUCAUUACCAUCACAAUAAGCCCACCGGUAGUCGUCAUCAGCCAGUGACCUAUAUUCUCUAGUGUUACAUCACCACCGUGCUACUGCAGUGUGUCACUGUACCAGACACAGACAACAUCUCAGACUCAACCUACCACUUUCUAAUGGUGCUCCAGAAAACAAAACAUCCUAUCCUAGGUGGCCAGUUAUAGGUGACACUCAUGAACCGAGGCAGCCUCACUUGUUUUAGCCAUAUCAGGCACUUCGGUCAGGAAUGGGCCCAACUCUGCUGGCCCAGUCUUAAAUACUAACUUUUUUUCGUUCUCUUUUCUACUGGUGUCUCAAUUGGUGACCUUCCCUUGCCUUUAGCCAUCCUAAUCGUUAGGUAAGAGAGGCAAAAAGACAGGGCUCACCAUUAAAAUAUUAAACAGAGGGACUGUUAAACAGGACAGCCUGGAGAACGGGCGAGCAGACGAGGGAGGGGGUGAGGGGGAGCGAGAGAUCAUCUGGAAGAGGAGAGAGGAAGUGGUGGCGCGGGAGAGGGCAGAGGCGUUAGAGAGACAGAGGUUGGCGGAGUACAUUGUGUGGAGGAAGAGAGAGGACUUUCAGGAGAAGAGAGGAGACAGAGAGAAGGGAGAAAAUAGUGCAGAGAGAGGGAGGGAGGCCGCGCAAGAAGUAAUCUGGAAGAAAAGAGAAGAAGAAGAAGAAGGCGCGGAGAGGGAGAGAGCGAAGGCCAUUCAGAGAGGACAUAAAACCAUUUGGAGGAAAAGAGAGAGGGAGUAAAAGAAGAAUUGAAAGAUUUGAGAAUACGAUUCACUUGAGAAGUAGGUGUUAAAGAAAGCGUACUGCUUCCAGGAGUUGGAAACUAGCCAUACAUACAUUAGUAAGCCUCCUCGCUCUUCUUAAGCAGUUUUUGGGCUUCAUUGAGCCCUGCAGGUGCUUGCUGUAGUAUCGACCAAUUGGAGCUGUAUACUGUGUGUGUUGCUGCCGUGGUAGUGUGCGCACCCCCCUUGCGAUACCCUCCUUGGCUGCUAAUAGGAUUUUUAUGGGCCUGUGUCAAGCAGGAUAGAGCAUCUAAGCGGAGCUGUUUCACACAUGCACGCAUGUGUGUUCACCAACAUUCACAUACAGACACAAUCUAAGAAGCAUUGUGGGCUGGGAAGGUUUACACUGCCUCACACGCGUGUAAACACAACAAAUAUAAGUGCGUACCCCUCAGCAGUAACACACACUUACGAGGGGCCGUUGAGAGACAAUCACUUGUGUUGAUUCUCCAUGGUGCUGACGACAGCUGGAUAACUGGCCCUCACUGAGAGGCUAUUAAGUUGGGACAACAUACUCACAGAUAUUGUUUUACAUAAUGGCAAAAACACUACUCGAAGAUGAACACUUGGAGCAUGUCAUCAUCAGUCCCUGGGAACACAAUGAGCACUGAAGCAUAUUUAAAAAGUGAACUGAUGCCAACAUGAUCAGCACUGGUGCUCUAUAUACAAACUUUUUUCAUCUGCAUUCUACCAUUAACUGGGACACCCCACUUUUCCUCUGCGCCUUCUCUCAUUCUGCUUUCCUUGGGGAUAAAGCCGUUUGGUUUUGGCUGCCUGGUAACGAGUGGAGGACAGACAACCAGACAGAUGGAUGCAGCUCUUAUGCUGAGGGAGACAGACAGAUGGCUGUGUGUCCUUUUAGAGAGAAACUGUGAAUACUGAAACAAAGAGACUUUGAUUGAAUCACUAGAGCCUGUGUGGACUUGCGCGGAUAUAAAAACUGACACUGCAGCUCAUUAUGGAGCUUGUCCCAAAAACCAAGUACACCCACUUUCGGAGUGAAUCGCUGAGCUCAACUGAUGAAACAAACUCCAAUCCAUCAUCAUUCCCUCCCUCCAGUCCUGCCACCCCCCUCACUCCCUCCCCUGGUUUACCUUCUUCUCUCUCCUCCUCGUCUCUCACUCCGAUCUUGCCCCCCUCUUCUCCCCGCCCUGCUGAGAACAGCCCCACCACCCUAUGCUCCUUCUUCCCCAGGAUGGGAUCCCUUCGUCUGGGUGUCUCUGCCACUCUUCUCCCAGGACUCAAGGCCUCAAGCAGGCCACAGCAGCCUCAGGCCCCUGUUGAGUCGUCUGGGGAUGACAGGAGCAGUUCUGGCUCCUCCCCUCCACCUCACCACCCGGUUCUCUCUCUAACCGCUCCUUCUCCCCCUCCCCGACCCCCUCUGCAGGACAUGAACCGGCUGGGAGUGGCGUCCAGGAGGGCACGGGUGGAAGGAGGUCAGCUGGGAGGAGAUGAGUGGACGCGCCAUGGCUCCUUUGUCAACAAGCCCACCCGCGGCUGGCUGCACUCCGACAAUGUGGUCAGCACCACCGGUGUUUCCUACACUGUACGGUACAUGGGUUGCGUGGAGGUGCUCCAGUCCAUGCGAGCGCUGGACUUCAACACCAGAACUCAGGUCACUAGGGAGGCUAUCUCGGUGGUGUGCGAGGCAGUGCCCGGAGCCAAAGGAGCACAGCGCAGGAGAAAGCCUUCCUCUCGCUGUCUGACGACUAUUCUGGGGAAAAGUAACCUGCAGUUUGCUGGCAUGACAAUCAGCCUCACCAUCUCAACCAGCAGUCUCAACCUUCUGGCCUCCGACUGCAAACAGAUAAUCGCCAAUCAUCACAUGCAGUCCAUCUCCUUCGCCUCUGGAGGAGACCCAGAUACGGCUGAGUACGUAGCAUAUGUGGCCAAAGACCCAGUCAACCAGAGAGCAUGUCAUAUCCUGGAAUGUUCAGAGGGUUUAGCCCAGGAAGUCAUCAGCACCAUCGGCCAGGCCUUCGAACUGCGUUUUAAACAAUACCUGAAGAACCCGCCCAAACUUGUCACACCUCAUGACAGAAUGGCUCCAUUUGACGGCUCUGCAUGGGAAGAAGAGGAUGAUGAGGCUGUUCCUCCUCCCGACGUCCCUUACUAUAAUAAUUUCCCUGGAAAACAGCCUCCCCCUGGUGGACUUGUUGACAUGAGGACCCGCCCAGGAGCCACGCUGCCUUACGGACAGUCAGGUCAGAAUGACAUUCACAAGCAGCCUCUGCCGCCUCUGCCAGUGGGUGCCAAGGAAGGCGGUCGAGAACUGUUUGAUGACCCUUCAUAUGUCAAUGUGGAUAAACCUCGACCUCCAGUUGCAGUCAAUGGAAAUGCUCACAGAGAUGCUUUUGACAUGAAGCCUUUUGAUGAUGCCCUGGGGGUCUCUGGGCAUGGUGUCCCAAGCUCAAUGACAACAGCGCCCCCUCUGGUGGAGCAGUUGCAGUGUGAGGCCUGGUUCCAUGGUAGUUUAAGUCGCAGGGAAGCAGAGAGGCUGCUGACCCGCGAUGGAGACUUCCUGGUACGGGAGUCUGGGACUACACCCGGACAGUAUGUCCUCACAGGACAGCAGGGGGGUCAGCCCAAGCACCUGCUACUAGUCGACCCAGAAGGAGUGGUUCGUACAAAAGACCAUCGGUUUGAAAGUGUGAGUCACCUGAUCAGUUAUCACAUGGACAACAGACUCCCCAUCGUAUCAGCUGGUAGCGAAGUGUGCCUGCAACAGCCAGUAGAGCGCAGGGCCUGACGGCACACACACCAAUGAAAUACUCAACCAAAUGUACACACACCCAUACAGGAAUGCAACACACCUGAUAAAACAUACCUUCAUAUGCUACACAUGGAAUCACUACACUUAACACUCACACACAUCCACAAGAAUACCUUUACACACAUCAUAGCACAGAAAGCCAAAAAAUGAAAAAAAUCACCAGUUUCUCUGCAAAAUCACUCAUUUGCUGCUGUUGCCACAUAUUCCUGUCCUUUCUGAAAGCCAAACUGUGAACUGCAGUCCCUCCUCAACCCCACCAACUGUCAGGCCAUCUCUCCACAAUGGAGAAGCACUGCUGCAAUUUCUCAAACAGCCUACUGUGAACCAGGGAGGAGCCCUUUGCGAAUUUCAGGACGGGGCAGAAAACAAAUGCAAUUUUUUUUUUUUUUUUUUUUUUAAAGAAAAAAAAAUCUAAACAUGCGAUUAUGUAAAAAAACAAACAUGAAGUCUACUAAUUCUUGGAAUUGUGUGCAAAAAAUAUGGUAAUGAAGAGCGGAAAAGGGGCAUCAAUGGGACAUGCAUUCGAGCGUAUGUCCCUUUUUAAUUCAGGGAAGUGAUUUCCCUCCUCGGACUAUUGCUGGAGCAUAUUAGGCAAAACAUAAACUGGAUGGCGGUGGUUCAAGGCUUAAACAUAAACUCUCCCUUCAGGUGUCAUUGGAGCCCCUCAGUAGCAAACCUGACUUUGAGAUCAUUCUGCUUGGUGAAUAUGCAUUAACAUGUUUGCUUCCAAUCUAAUCCGGAGGGGCCAGCCUAACCCCAACCACUCCCCUUUUGAGACUUUUGAACUUUGACCCCUGGAGUGAUACCUGGUGAUGAGAAAAGCCUGUAUGCAAACCUGGGACUGCUAUGCCAAUGACCUUCAUAUAUGAUGUUCUUUUUUUUUUAACACAGGUUUCCAUUGUUUAUCUUGAGACUCCUUACUUAUCGGACAUUCUGAGUUCAGGAGGAUCUUUUCAGCUGUGUCUCUCUUAUCCCUCUGCAAACACAGAUACAAGUACACCUUGACACCACACAGUCUGCACCACCUGUCUUGCCAAAGAACAUGAACUUGCUAACAGCAGAGGAAGCCAUGGCAAUUAUCAACAGUUAUCCAUCUUGUGUGCAUUGGAAGCUCAUUUUAGAUAAAAAGGAAAUGUUAAUUGCAAAUGAGUCUGUUUUAGAGGAAGAAGAAUAAUCUUUUGUUUUUGUGCCUGAAUACAUCAUCAAAAAGGAGAUUUAAACGUAAACUCUGAAAUGAUGUCACCCACAAACACAUUGUGAGAAGUGUAGACCAAAUCAUUUGGGCCUAUUGCGUUUCAGUGACUCUUUAGUAUGUGUUUGCAUUGACAAUCUAUGGGCUAUAUCUAUUAGAUAUUUUGAUGCAAAGUAAACAAGUCUAGUUAAAGGUGGUCCCCUUUAAACAAUGGCCAAUGAGAAAUGUUGAACAGCCUAAGCAAUGAAUUUCCCUCUGCAAAAAAAAGAUGCAAAGUGUGUCGCAGUGACUGGUUAAGUAGUUUUUGUGUAUUGUGAUGUUGCUUAUUUUUUAAUCACUUGAGGGAAUAAUGUCCUUUUUCUUAAACCUUGAAUCAAAUCAAGUGGGUUGGGGGGGGGGGCAACUGAACAUAAGGAUAUAAGUGUUUUUGGAGGAUUGCUGUAACUAUAAGAUGUUAAGCCAAAUGUUGCUCCUCCUUGUACCGUCUUUGCAAAUAUUUGAGGACAUGGAGGUAGAAGCUCACACUAUCAUUUCCUCUGUCUCCUCCCUCACUUCAUGAUGUUAAUAUCUUUUUGAUCGUGCCUUGUUUCUUCAAUGCAGUCACGUCACUUCAAUGCAGUCACCUUAUGUACUUAAUUCAAAUGUAGUCAGGAGAAUCUUAUACAAACCUCUCAGUUAAAACAAAGACUCUGCAAAAAUGACACUCCAGUAUACACACACACAAACAGAUCCAGUGAUGGCAAUCUCCUGUGAUGCACAUUCUUGCAUUCAGUUUUAGAGUCACAGAUACUUGAUGUCACCAUUGGGGGGGUAUUUACCAUGUAUUUGCCAUUUGUAAAUAACAUCGAUUUUUGACUGGUAAGGUUCGUAUCUGAAUGAUUGUUUUCAUAGUAGUAUAUUUAAAAAUUUAUUUGAUAAGUAAAACAGAGCCAGACACCACAAUACUGAGAUAGUGCUUACAGCCGAUCGAAUCUGUGUGUGAGAUUGAGGCCAAAAUCUUGAUGUUAGACGGGGUCUUUCAGGCUCAUGUUUAACUGUCAACUAGGUCUCAGACCCUGAAGUGAGCUCAGAUUAUGUAAUCUAACAUGUAAAAAAACACAUACCCAGAGUGUCAGCUGGGUCAGUCAGACACUCGCACCCUGCCUGUUCACCUCCAAACCUGAGUGAGAGAGCGAGUGAGCGUGUGAGCGUGUGAGUGUGUGAGUGUGAGUGUGUGUGUGCCCACCUGACCCUCUGCAUCAUUAGUGAACCAGUCCUGUGUUAUCAUUGUUCAUCACAGUUGCCUUUGUUGCAUGAAAAUCCUCUCAACAAAAAUGUAUUGUGUUUUUUGGUGGUGGUGGUGAUAUUGUGGAUGAUGCUGUUGUACUUUUGAAUUUGUGUUUUUAAAAGCCAAAGGUUACUUUCAAAUUGCGUGCACAGAUAUUAAUUUUUACAUUAUAUAUUUCUGUUUUAAUAUUUGUUUUUUGUUUUUAGGGAAACAUUGUCUGUUUACACCUGUAUCUGAAAAUAUAGAUUGCAUAUAUAAAUACAUAUAUCAUUCA